AGUCUGGCUGUGUCUAUGAACUCUUUUCUCACACUAAACUUCAAAAGGGUGGCCGAGGAUGCAAGUAUUUGCGAUGACGACACCGAAGACGCUCUCCAAGAGGGAGGCAAGGCGGAAGAGGCGGGGCCGGAAGCAGAAGUGGGGCCAGGAGUUAGCGUCUCAAUUGCCAUGGAGACCAAGAAAGAGAAGGAGCGGAGGUCCUCAGAGUCUGAGACCUACGAGUACGAGAGGGUAACAUGGGCGCCAAACCCAAUCCUGGCCCUGUCCGGAAUCCCCGAGUCCAUCAAGAAUUCCUCCUUGCAGUCCUCCCACGCCUACUCGGAGAGCUUCCGGUACGGCUUCGCGACCCGACCCCGCCGCGGGUGGUCCCUGGCGCUCCCGCCGCACCCCGAGCCGCAGCUGCUGCGUCUGCGCCCCUCCUCGCUCUGCACCCAGGACAUCUCGCACUUGCUCACCAGCGUCUUCCGCAACUUGUACUCUGCCGAGGUGAUCGGCGAGGAAGUGAGCGCCAGCUUGAUCAAGGCCCGCGGCAGUGAUGAUGCGCGCCACGAGGAGUUCGUGGACCAGCUGCAGCAGAUUCGGGAGCUCCAUAAGCAGCGACUGGAUGAGGUCAAAAUGUUGGAGAGACAUAUCAUUCAGGCCCAAGCACGGGCCCUUGCUGAAACAGAGCGGUCCAUGAACCAGGCCGGAGUGCAUGUCCUCGAGGCCCUCAAGUUGCCUCCAGUUAAGACUGUCUUCAGGUGGUGUGUAGACAGCGAGUUGCUACGGAAACAUCAUUUGAUCAGCCCAGAAGAUUACUACAAUGACACCUUGCCAUUUUGCUCUGCACCUAAAGGCACCUCCAUCGCAGAAUGUUCGAAACUGAGGUUCAGGUGUGAGAAGAAUUUCACCCCCAAAGGAGCGCAGGGCAAGAAGCUUGCAGUACCCUUCAGGGAGAAGCUUGCUGCGUUUGGAGAUGAGUUUGACUACACCAUGGACAGCCUGGAGGGGGACUCAAUUCCUAAGGGCAAACAAAGGACCAAAGACACUGUCAAGAAAGCAAGACCACCAAAGAAUAAAAACUGGAUGAAACACUUACAUGUGCCCCAGAGAGAACUGGAGCGACUUCUUCUCGCCAGAAUGGAGAGUCGAAACCACUUCCUAAGAAACCCUCGCUUUUUCCCUCCUAACACUCCACAUGGGGGCAAGUCUCUUAUUUUUCCUCCAGUUAAGCCAGCACUGAUGGGAGAUCCCCCAAGUCCAGAGCUGGAACAGAGUUACAUGGAUGCUCCAGUGUUUCUAGCUAAACCAUCAAUUGGGUUUUUCACAGAUUAUGAAAUUGGACCAGUUUAUGAGAUGGUCAUCUCCCUGCAGAACACCACCUCUGCCAGCCGCUACCUGCGAGUCCUCCCACCUUCUACUCCACACUUUGCUCUGGGAUUGGGGAUGUUCCCAGGAAAAGGCGGAAUGGUGGCUCCUGGAAUGACUUGCCAGUACACGAUACAGUUUAUCCCCGACUGUCUCGGGGAUUUUGAUGAUUUCAUUCUAGUCGAGACCCAGUCCCCCAACACGCUCCUGAUUCCCCUGCAGGCCCGGAGGCCACCCCCCGUGCUGACCUUGUCACCGGUGUUGGACUGUGGUUACUGCCUCAUUGGGGGAGUAAAGAUAACCAGGUUCAUCUGCAAAAAUGUAGGCUUCAGCACCGGCAAAUUCUGCAUUAUGCCCAAGAAGAGUUGGCCACCGCCAAGUUUCAGGGCGGUUGCAACCACCGGCUUUGUUGAGCAGCCUCCCUUUGGAGUCAUGCCAUCUGUGUUUGAGCUGGCCCCAGGUUUUGCCGUGUUAGUGGAGGUCUUGUUCCUCCCAGUGAGCCUAGAAAAGGCAGAGCAGACCUUCAUCAUCGUGUGUGACAACUGCCAGGUCAAGGAGCUGGUGAUCACAGGAACAGGGCAGCUGAUUGCUUUGGAUCUAAUCUAUAUUUCUGGUGAAAAAAGUCAACCGGACCCUGGAGAGCUCACAGACUUAACAGCUCAGCACUUCAUACGCUUCAAGCCUGAAAACCUUCGAUCCACAGCGAGGAAACAGCUGAUUAUCCGAAAUGCUACACACGUGGAGCUGGCUUUCCACUGGCAGAUCAUGAAGCCCAACCUGCAGCCCCUGAUGCCUGGAGAAACCUACAGCCUGGACAGCAUCAAUUACCACCCUGACAGGGAGACCGCCUUCUCCAUCAUGCCUGAGAAGGGGGUUCUGAGCCCCCACACUGACCAGGAGUUCGUCCUGAGCUUUUCUCCUUCUAAGCUGAGGAGCUUCCACAGUGUGCUGCAGAUGGUGCUGGAAGAAGUUCCUGAGCCCUUGAAUUCAGAGGUGAGGAACCUGGAGGACUACAUGUACUCUGUGGAUGACGUGAUUGUCCUGGAGAUUGAGGUGAAAGGCUCAGCAGAACCCUUCCAGGUUCUCUUAGAACCCUACGCCCUCAUCAUACCAGGGGAGAACUACAUUGGCAUAAAUGUGAAGAAGGAUUUUAAGAUGUGGAACAACAGCAAGUCACCCAUCAGUUACACGUGGGGGAAGAUCAGCCACUGCCACAUCAUUGAAGUGGAACCCUGCACAGGGGUCAUAGAGCCCAACGAGGUUGGGGAUUUUGUAUUGAACUUCACCGGGGGUGUCCCUGGUCCAGCAAGCCAGGACCUGCUGUGUGAGAUCAGAGACUCACCCUCGCCAGUGGUGUUACACAUCGAGGCGGCCUUUAAGGGACCCGCACUCGUCAUCAGCGUCUCAGCCCUUCAGUUUGGUCUGCUCCGCCUGGGGCAGAAAGUCACCAACUGUAUCCAGAUCCGGAACGUCAGCCAGCUCUCAGCCGUGUGGCACAUGAGAGAGAGUCCCAUCUGCCUGGAAGAAAGGCGUGAAGAGGCGUCUCCCUUCGACAUUGAGCCUUCAAGUGGUUACCUUCACCCUCUGGGGGAGUGCCAGGUGAUGGUCACCUUGGAGGCCUUGCGCUGCCAGCGUCUGCAGACUGUACUGGAGCUGGAAGUGGAAAAAGGGACCUGGAGCUACCUUCCUGUGUAUGCUGAGGUACAGGAGCCCCAUGUGUACCUGCAGAGCAGCCAGGUGGAGUUCAGCAACCUCUACGUGGGGGUGCCCACAGAGUCAACCAUCACGCUCAUCAAUGGCACGCUCCUGUUCACACGGUUUCACUGGGGCAAGCUCCUGGGGCACCAAGCAGACUCCUGCACAGCAACAGUCUCUCCCAAACGUGGCCUGCUGGGCCCCGGUGAGGAGUGCGAGCUCAACUUGGAGUUAACCACCCACACCAAGGAAGAACUGACAGAUCUGGCCCUCCCUUGUCACGUGUCAGGAAUGAAAAAGCCACUAGCCCUCGGUAUCUCUGGGAAACCCCAGGGACUGCACGUGACCAUCACUGUCUCUGUGAAGGGCUCUGAUAUCAGCACAAAGCGGUGGCCAGGCGACCUGGAGGAGCUACACCUGGACUUUGGCUCGAUGGUGCCACUGAGGACCCAAGUGAACGGCCAGCUCAUUCUGACCAAUUGCUCCCCAGUGCAGACCUCUUUCACCCUCAAUUUUGAGUACUUUGGGAGCCCCAAAAACAGCCUGACCACAAACACCAGCCUCCCUGAUUUGCCUCCUGCCCUACUAAAGACAUCGCGGAUCCGAGAGCACUUGGCCAAGCAAGAACAGCUGGAUUUUAUGGAAAGCAUGUUAUCUCCAGGGAAAGGAGCCGCAUUCUUCCCCCACACUUCCAAGGGCACGCUGGGGGCCUACCAGAAGCUGAGCAUCAACAUCACAGGCUGUGCCAACAUGUGGGGCGAGUACUGGGACAACCUGAUUUGCCAGGUGGGAGACCUGCCACCAGCAGUGAUCCCCGUGCACAUGGCAGUGGUGGGCUGCCCCAUCAGCACUCGGCAGGCCACCUCCUACAGGGCUGACAAGUUUCAGAAGGAGCCCAUCAUCAGGUUCGGGACCCAGGUCUCUGGAGGAGCCACAAUCAUGCGGAAACUUCGCCUGAAUAACUCCAGCCCCUGUGACAUUCGCCUAGACUGGGUCACCUAUGUUCCAGAAGAGAAGGAGGACAAGCUGGUGGAUCUGCUAGUGUUUUAUGGACCACCAUUCCCACUGUGGGACCAAGCCGGAAAUGAGAUCACAUAUCCUGAGACCCCUGAGAGUAGCAGCUUACCCUGGUCCCCAAGCCCCUCCAGUGUGUCAGAUUCCAGCCAUGCAGCUACUUCAUUGGUGGAGGCCCACUCCAGUGCCAGCAACAGGGCUGCGGAGCAGAUCAUCUCAGUCAUCCUGCAGGGGCAUGAGGGGGUGCCCUCCAACCUCCCAUACUAUGUCAGCCCCAAGCAGGUGGUGGUCCCUGCUGGAGGAAGUAGCACCAUCUGCAUCUCCUUCACACCCAUGGUGCUCAGUCCCCACAUCCAGCAGAAGGUGAAGUGUACUGGCUAUGCCCUGGGUUUCAUGAGCUUGGACAAUGAGGAAGAAAGAGAGAUUCCCGGGAGGUUGCGUCGCCUGCAGGACUUUGCCGUGGGACCCCUGAGACUGGACCUGCAUGGGCACGUGAGGCGUGCGCAACUAAGCGUGGAGCUGGACAGCAGUGGCAACGUGGAGUUCUGGUGCCAGGCCAGUGACCUCAUCCCCGAGCAGCCCUGCUCUGGGGUGCUGAGUGAGCUGCUGACGACCCGCCACCUGAAGCUGAUCAACACUACGGAAAUCCCACACUACUUCCAGCUCCUGGUCUCCAGGCCCUUCUUUGUUUCUCAAGGCCAGGCUAGCCGGGGCCACAGAGCCGGCUCUGGCCAGGAGCAGGAGUAUGGGGAGACAGCGUCGGAGGUCAUGCCACUGGAGCUCCGCCCACAGGAGAACAUGCUGGUAGAUGUGUCCUUCUCGCUGUCCCUGGAGCUGCUCUCCUACCAGAGACUUCCGCUUGACCAGAUGCUGCCUGGAGUGGACAUCCAGCAGAGCACAAGUGGAGAGAAAGAGAUGGUGUUUACUCAGGAUCUGCUCCUGGUGUUUACUAACCAGACCACUCAGGUUGUGCCCCUGCGGGCCACUGUGGCAGUGCCCGAGCUGCAGCUCUCCAGCAGCUGGGUGGACUUUGGAACCUGCUUUGUGAACCAGCAGGCAGCCCGAGAGAUCUAUCUGAUGAACCUCAGUGGCUGCCGGAGCUACUGGGCUGUGCUGAUGGGACAGCAGAGUGCCACCGAGGAGGCUAAAGAAUUUGGGGUCUCCCCAAGCAGUGGGUUUCUAGAGGCACGACCCACCAAUGCGCCCCCAACCUCUAUCACCCUGCAGGUGUUCUUCACUCCCAGGAGCAAUGAGCUCUAUGAGUCCACGAUGGUGGUUGAAGGCAUGAUGGGCGAGAAGUCCUGCGCCCUACGGCUCCGGGGCCAAGGCUCUUACGAUGAGACGUUCAUGGAACCUAAGCAGCUCUGAGGCUCAUCCCGCCCCACAGCCCCAGACCCAGCUGAGGGAACAAGAUGGCACAGGUUGAGGAACAGGCGUGCUGGGCAGGGACACAGACUGGGGAGUUCUGAGCAGGUCCUGGGAUGGAGGAGCCCCCUCCAGGGCAAUGGUCUUGGCCUAGGCCCUGCAUCGUAAGUCCCCAGAGCUAACACAAAAAACAGCCCAAGCCACCAUGGAGACCAUGGCAGUUCAGACGCACUACUCAGAUGGAGCACACUGAGGUCCAGCAAGGAAAACACAAACCCUUGGAAAAAUCCAGAGCCACCAAGAUGAGAUAACACAUAUUUAUUAUGUCCAUUGUACCUUAUUCAUGAGGCCACAGUUCCCUACGAUUUGCAUGGCCUUGUAGCCUGGGUGACCCACAAGACUUUGUCUGGCCCAGCUAGAGGAGGCCAGGUGGUAUGGCCCAACACGCUGCCCGUUCCUGUACUGCAUCAUCAGUGUUGACGUGCUUUCAUUUGUCCCCACCAUCACCACCCGUGCUGAAUAUCCCAGGUGGAUUUGUUCCCUAGAGUCACUCUCUGGCGGUCAGAGCAGGGCCAUCUGGGUAGUGCCUUGAGUGAGGGACUCAGUUCCCAGGGUAUUCGAAGACAGCGGCGGCUCCCAUUCCAGUGCCGAUGCACAUGGACACCACUCCAUA